CCGCCCCUACAACGGUUCCGCUCCUGCGUAGCGGACCAAGGAGGUGUGGCGUAGACAGCAAAGGCCUGUUCGGCUUGGUGUGAGCUGUGAUCGGACGUUCUCCAUCGUCUUCCUCUACCUUAAGUGAGAUCUUACUAGAUUGCCAUGAAUGCAGCCGGGCCAGGAUACCCGCUAGCCUCCCUGUACGUUGGGGACCUGCAUACAGAUGUCACAGAAGCAAUGCUAUAUGAAAAGUUUUCACCAGCAGGCCCGAUAUUGUCUAUCAGAGUUUGUCGUGAUCUGACCACUCGUCGGUCCCUUGGCUAUGCUUAUAUCAAUUUCCAGCAGCCUGCUGAUGCUGAACGGGCUUUAGAUACUAUGAACUUUGAAGUGAUUAAAGGAAGACCGAUCCGUAUUAUGUGGUCUCAGAGAGAUCCUGGCCUUCGGAGAUCUGGAGUAGGAAAUGUCUUCAUCAAAAACCUUGACGACUCAAUUGAUAACAAAGCAUUGUACGAUACAUUCUCAGCAUUUGGAAACAUUUUGUCUUGUAAAGUUGUUUGUGAUGAGAAUGGAUCAAGAGGUUAUGGUUUUGUUCAUUUUGAGACUCAAGAAGCUGCCACCCGAGCCAUACAAACGAUGAACGGAAUGCUGCUCAAUGACAGAAAAGUAUUUGUUGGCCAUUUUAAGUCACGAAAAGAAAGAGAAUUGGAAUAUGGUACAAAAGUGAUGGAAUUUACCAAUGUAUAUAUCAAAAAUUUUGGAGAAGAUAUGACUGAUGAAAGGCUAAAGGAGAUCUUUUCUGCUUUUGGGAACGCAGUAAGUGUAAAAGUAAUGGUGGAUGAAAAUGGCCGCUCUCGGGGAUUUGGAUUUGUCAACUUUGGCAAUCAUGAAGAAGCACAGAAAGCAGUUGCUGAAAUGAAUGGCAAAGAGAUAAACGGGCGUAUGGUUUAUGUAGGAAGAGCUCAGAAGAGGAUAGAACGUCAGUGUGAACUCAAGCGCCGAUUUGAGCAAAUCAAGCAGGAACGAAUUAGUAGAUAUCAGGGAGUAAACUUGUAUGUAAAGAACCUGGAUGAUGGUAUUAGUGAUGACAGGCUCAGAAAAGAGUUUGCCCGAUUUGGCACCAUUACCAGUGCAAAGGUGAUGAUGGAGGGAGGGCACAGCAAGGGCUUUGGGUUUGUCUGUUUUUCCUCUCCAGAAGAGGCUACUAGGGCUGUGACAGAAAUGAACGGACGAAUAGUUAGCACAAAGCCUCUAUAUGUAGCGUUGGCUCAACGGAAAGAGGAGAGGAAAGCAAUUCUCACCAACCAGUACAUGCAAAGACUGACGAACACAAGAACUCUGCCCCCGACAAUGUUUCCACCAUUCCAACAGCCGCCUCAAAACUACUUUAUACCUCCUGUGCCACAGCAUUUGAGUCAAAGGUAUUUUAGUCCAGGCCAGGUAGCGUCUAUCCGCCCAACAGGUCACUGGCAACAGCAUCCCAGGCCUUCUCAGUACCAUCCACCUACACCAUUCGUGCGACCAUUUCCUCCCAGACGCUUUGCCUCCAACAUCAGUACAAUGAAACAGGCCUCCACGCAGGUGCCCAGGGUCACUCCGCAUAAUCAAAGAGUAGCAAAUAUUGGUACCCAGACAGCUGGCGCUCGGGCCCAGGUGAACCCAUCAGUUAUGCGUGCAGUGCACCAGUACAAGUACUCCAACUCUGUAAGAAAUGCACAACCAGUGGGAGGCAACGCACACCUCCAACAGGUCGCAGAACCGGUUAUCCAAAUGCAAGAAGAACCACUAACGGCAUCUAUUCUCGCGGGAGCCCCGCCACAAGAACAGAAGCAAAUGCUCGGUGAACGGCUUUAUCCCAUGAUACACGGCAUGCAUGCAGCACUUGCUGGAAAGAUCACAGGCAUGUUACUGGAGAUAGACAAUUCUGAACUACUGCACAUGCUGGAAUCUCCAGAAUCUCUUCAUUUAAAGGUUGAGGAAGCUGUUGCUGUCCUGCAAGCACACCAUGCUAAGGAAGGAGCCCUUCAAGCCUGUACCCAGGUCCUCCUGUAACGUCCAGACUAUAAGAAGAUAUAAGUUGACUAAUAACUUAUGUACACGUUGUAUAAAAUUCACAAGAGAAGAGGAGCGAAUGUCUUCACAGAAGAAACGACUGUUUUGUUUGUUUUUAUGUGUGUCAAUGUUGUGUAAAGUUACGUAAAUUACAUAUAACUAUAAAGAAAGUUCUAACUAUAUGUAUUUAAUUUAGGUUCUAGUUUUUGUUCUUUGUCUUUUUUUCUGCAUUAAAUAAAAACUUGCAAAUGCAAAGUUGUGUUUAUUGUUUAAAAUAAUUGUGUUGCCUGUUUUUUAGAUUGUAGUAGAAUGGACUUUUUUUUUUAAAGCUUAACUCCGGGGAAAGUAAAAAUCCUUCUUUGCAUUGGGGUUGCCCCAGCACUGCUAGGGUUAAAUGCCCAUUUAUGUCUAGGGCACUGGGCAGAGCAGUUUUACUUUCCUGAGCCUAUGGUACUGCACUGCAAGGCCAGUCCCCCAGCCUCUGAUAACUCUCGUUUAUCCAAGUUGUGGUGCAGCUAGUAGUUCAGAUGGACUUGUUCUGUAAUGUUGAAGAUGUUUUUUAGCUUCUCUGAGCCACGUAUCAUCCAUAUACUUGAACCAAGAGACUUGCUGCUCCCCUGAAUGAGUCCAAGACUCUUCCACCUCAUCCAUGUACAUGUUGGCUACAAUGGGAGACACUUAGAGAUGGGAAGAAAACAGAAACAUUGGGGAAUUUUUUUUUUUUUCUCAAAGCCGUUUGGUUGGGGUUUUCCA